AUGUCGCAACAAUCUCCAUCUUCCUACGACGUGGGCUACCCACCACCCUCCCAGCAGCAGCAGACGGCCGGACGCAAGCGAAGUCAUCACGACGACUUGCAGCACGAACUUGCUCCGAGCCUAGAGCAGCAACUCAACCCAUACGCCCAGGCGGCAGGAAGCGUCUCACUACAGCACGCGACUCAGAGUUACUCCCUCCCGCAGUAUCCUCCCCCGGCAGCCCCGCAAUCCACUCUGCCUCCUACCCACCAUCACCACCUCCCCAAUCAACACCGCAAUAAGCGGCUGCACCACAUGGAGGGCGCGCCUCCUUCUCCCGCUCAGCAUGGCCCUCCCAGCGUCGUAGGCCAAGAAGGGAUGCCCGCACCAGCGCAGCGCCCGCGCGGUCCCAAGCUCAAGUUCACGCCCGAAGACGAUCAGCUACUCGUCGACCUCAAAGAAAAGAAGAACCUGACCUGGAAGCAAAUCGCAGACUUCUUUCCCGGCCGCAGUUCCGGCACGCUACAGGUGCGGUACUGCACGAAGCUCAAGGCAAAAACCACCGUCUGGACAGACGACAUGGUAAUCAAGCUUCGCAACGCCAUGCAGGAGUACGAGAACGACCGUUGGCGCAUCGUUUCCUCCAAAGUGGGCAGUGGCUUUUCGCCCGCCGCCUGCAAAGACAAGGCCGCUGAGAUGGAGGCUUUGGAGCUAGCCGCAGCUGAGGAGGAAGAGCAGGAGCAUUCACAACACCACCAAAGCGGGUAUACGUCGAGCCAACUCGCAUCCGGACCCAGCGAUCCCGGCGCAAAUUACCAGUGA